AUGUCUGCCCCAAUCAACAAGGAAAAAGUCGAACAAGAAGCUGAACAACAAAUUCACAAAAUCAGAAUUACCUUAACUUCCACCAAAGUUAAACAAUUGGAAAACGUUUCUGCUAACAUCAUCAGAAACGCUGCCCAAUACAACAUUGUCAAGAAGGGUCCAGUUAGAAUGCCAACCAAGGUUUUGAAAAUCACCACCAGAAAAACUCCAAAUGGUGAAGGUUCUAAGACUUGGGAUGCUUACGAAAUGAGAAUCCACAAAAGAGUUAUUGACUUGCAAGCUCCAGCUUCUACUGUCAAGAGAAUCACUCAAAUCACUAUCGAACCAGGUGUAGAUGUCGAAGUCACCAUUGCUGCUUAA